UCUCUCUCGCCCUCUCUGUGUCUCUCUGAUACUCACAAACACACCUCUUAUUUUCAAGAGACAGCAAAUCUCAAUGUAACUUUUUAUUUGACAGCACUUUGUGUGUGAUCUGAUGUCUUGUGAGUGAUGUUUUAUGUCAAUAUGGAUCACAAGGCCGUGGUUUUUCCUCAGCUCAGCAAUGAGAUGCAGAUCAAUCUUAUGAGCAUGGUGAAGUCAGGACAGCUGAGUAUUGAUGAAGCUCUGAUUCGUGCAAAGAGUGGCACGCUACAAAAAUCACAGAGGAACUUCUGUACGGAGGAAAAACAAUACAACUUCAGUGUCCGCAAGUUCAACCGCUACAUAUGGCAGAAAAGAGUGCUACAGAUUGAUUUCGCCAAGAAUCUAAUAUGCAGCAUUGAGAAAGGAAUCGUGAAACGUCAGCUCCUUUUCUCGGAUGUAAAAAACUGCCAUGAUUCUGCAGGCACCAAAUUCUCAAUUUCAUUCAAAGGACGGCAAGACUAUGAACUGGAGGCUGCAUCUUCAGAGGACAAACAGAAAAUCAUGCAGCUGGUAAAUCAGGUAAUCUACAAUAAUAUAUACAGUCUUCCCGUGGACAGUUCAGCAGACGUAGAGACUCCAGAUGUACCUUCGGAGAACCUCAAAGAGGGACAACUUUUACUUCAAAGAGGAGGACUGGCGUCAUUCAAAUGGAAGAAAUAUGAGGCUCAUCUUCAAACUGGCUUGCUGAACUUGUUGCCAGUUGCCGUUGACACAGACACGUUCGUUUACUCCAGCGAAUUUGUCUAUAAUAUUUCGGAAAUUUACACCAGUGUGGAUAAUGAAAGAUGUACUGGAGAAGACAGGACGGCUGUUGUCAUUCAUCUCUCAGAUGGUAACGUCAGGGUGGAGACGUCCAGCGCCCCUGAUACCUUUACACUAAUCAACGACAGAAAUAACUUCCUGUUCAAAAUACCAAAAAGUGACCACAUGACCUCAGAGGCCAUCACAAAUGAGCGAGACGCCUGGGUGAAAGCCAUUAAAACAUUAUGUAUCGACUGGAAACGAAAAUCACAACAUCAACACUUCUACGAAGUCACUGAACCAGAGAUAAAUCACAAUGGCAUUAUAGAAACCAACAUCGAAUCAGAAUACGAAAUGCAAAGUUACUACAUGCCCACCACACCUCCACCAAUACCACCUUCACCGAGACCACGCUUACCCAGAACUCCCUCAGCCGUACCCGAGGCCGAAGAACCCAGCUCCAUACAAGGAUCAAAACCAAGACUAAAGUCCGACCCAGAACCACAGAUUCAAUAUGAGGAGAUACCUUUAGCAGCGCCUAUGAUCGUACCAGCUUCUCCUGUGCCAUUCUCUCUGACCUCGAUGAUGCUCGUGCCAGGUCCCGUUGCAAACCAUGCCGUGCCACCUGCUCCUUUACCCCCUCCACCACCACCCAAUAAAACAGCCAAGCAGCUCACAAACCGAAUGAAAGCUUUUCACUGGGACCUGGUUGCUCAGGACAAGAUUGAGAAGUCGAUAUGGGCCCGCAGGAACCCCAAAAAGAUUGAUCUCGACACAUCACGCUUGUAUGAGCUGUUCGGAGUGAAGGACUCAGGAGCCACUGGCAGAUCCGAGUCCAGCACUAACAUGGAAAUCAUGCUGAACGCAAAGAUCGCUCAUAAUUUCAAUAUUUUUCUCAAAAGUUUCCCCGUGCCUCCAAAAGAGCUCAAGGACAGAUUGUUGAUUAUAAGCGAAGAGGAUGGCGGCCUCUCCGACGAGCACAUCGCCUCUCUCAGGAGGUACGUGCCUACAGCGGAUGACAUUGAGAUGUAUAAAUCAUAUAAAGGAGAUGUGACUGAACUGCACAUGGUGGAUCAGUACAUGCUGGAGAUGUGUCACAUCCCAAACCUCAGCGCACAGCUGGAUCUGCUGCUCAUGUUGAGAGAACUUCCCAUCUGUAUGGAGGACCUCACGCCGCUGAUUAACCAGAAGAUCCGCAUGUGCCAGCAGUUUGUGUCCUGCGAGUCAUUUGUCAACGUGUUGGAGCAUCUCCUGACUGUGGGCAAUUACCUCAACCAGAACGCAGGCAAAGACAGGGCCAAGGGAUUUCGCCUUUCAUCUUUAUCAAAGGUCUCUCAGCUGCGUGGGAACAAUCGAAAGUUCACCUUGCUGCACGCCCUGGUGGAACAGAUCAUGUUGCGAGAACCGAGCCUGGCCACCUUUUUCCAUGAGCUUGCAGAAUUCGAGACGGUUUCUGGGGCCUCGGUUAAAGGCCUGACAGCGGAGGUGGAUGUUGUGAAGAAUGAGUUUCAGAAGGUCAUCCAGUACAGAAAAGCACACAAGAAGAAAAACAUGAUUAAUCAACAGCCCAAAUUCUUCAAAGACUUAAAGAUGGCCAUAGAAAAGUACGAAACGGAUCUCAGCCACCUGACGAAGAGAUGCGAGGAGAUGAGGAAACUGUACGCUGACAUAUUGGUAAAAUUCGGAGAGCCUUUGGAUCAAGACUCUGAACAACUUUUCGGUUGGAUUAGUCAGUUUGUUAACGAUUUCAAGAAAGUUUACUCCGAGUAUGUUCAGGGAUACCCGUUUUCAAAUUAAGUAUCCACACAGAGCAUGUUUGUGCAUGCUGAUAUCUGCACCCGCAAGCAUUUCAUGAAUACAAAUUCAGUCCGAAGGCAAUGUGAAUAUGCAUGAAAACAGACUUAUUUAUGGACCAAGACCCUGUUUGCUGGGUCUUUCCCAGUGCUCGUGUGGGCUUUGGCAAGCUAGUUUCUUUGAAUCUUUUACUUUGUGUCAUAACAAAUAGUUUGGAUUCAUUUUCCAAGCAGGAGCAAGUAUUUACUGGAGUCGCAUAUCGGGGGCACAAUAAAUGAAUGUUAGUGGUUCUGGGUCCAGCUGGGUGGUUUUCAUAAGUAUGAUUUUCCCUCUUUAUGGCCUUGAGGAUGCGUGUGCUUUCUGGAUGAAACAGACUCAACAGUGAUGUCUCAGCACAGAUCUGCAUUUCACACUGUUUAAAAUUGACUCGUCUUGAAUUUUCUUUUCAAAGGAUUUUAUUUGGAAAAUAAAGAGGACAAAUAAUGAAAGAAGUAAAUUUAUUUUUCAGAAAUCUAAAUUUAUUUGUAUAACACUGCUAAUUUACAUGUUCAUGACUUGUAAGCUGUUUAAAAUACUGCGUUUGUUUCGGUGCCGAUAGCCCCGUGGUUAGUGCGUCGACAUAUAGCACCAGUGUGCUCACGGUGACCCGAGUUCGAUUACAAUCUCUGUGGUCCUUCACUGAUCUUGCUCCCCAUCUCCACCCAACACUUUCCUGUCAUGUCUCUACUAUUCUAUCUAAGUAAAGGAAUAAAACCCUUAUCGCCAUCUUGCCUUUAUUUGACAGACAGUUCACUUUCAAUUCAAUUUAUUUAUGUAUAUAGCGCUUUUCACAAUUAGUAAACAGAAAAAUCGAUAGACGACAUAAGAAGCAAAAUACAGUGGUUGAGAUAAAACUGAACAAGCGAGCGUUUAUUUAACGUAUAGAACGGGGUGCUAUGUUAUGCCAAAGUCGGCUGACUCCCAUGGGUGGAAAAAAACCCUUAGUAGAAAAACCCAGUGGGAAAAGUCCUAGGAGAAAAAAAACCCUUGGAAGAUAUAUCUAUAGGAAUCAGGAGAUUAGACGGGUUCAGCCGGUGGUCGUUUGGCAGGCAUUACAGUUUUCAAGAGACGACAUGAAAGUACAGGGCGGAGAGAGGGGCAUGGGAUCGGCUCGGGUUGCCGGAAGUGCGUCUGCACCAUAUGGUACAUCGGAGCACUGUCCACUACACCAUCGGCUCCGACACCCCUCUCUCUUUCUUUCUUGAAAGAGUGGCUCAGUGGGUUGCACUGUUGCCUGACAGCAGGAAGGUCUACGGUUCGAGCCCCGGCUAGGUUGGGUGGCCUUUCUGUGUGGAGUUUGCCCUGUGUCAGCGUGAGUUUACUCUGGGUACUCAAAAACAUGCAAGUUAAGCAAAUUGGAGAUGCCAAAUUGUCCCUCCCCCAACCUGUGUAUGGAUUAACCAGUUCUUGCCAAGAAUACAGCCAUUGAUGCUGAAAUGGCGUAAAAGAAUACAUAAAAAAGCGAAGAAACACCAAAGUAGAUGUUUAAGUGAAUGUUAUGCCAUAAAUGUAUGCUAGUAACAGUGCAACACACAUAGCUCUAGUAGAAUAUAAAUAUUUGUCUUGUUUUUAUCUCACCCCACCACUUUUUUAUAUAGGCAAUCAAUGACCAAAAUAUGUUUCUUGGGUUUAAAUGGUGUGUAUACAGUCACCAGGAGUAUGUGGGCUGUGUAAAUGUCUUAAGAUGCUGUCAAAUGAGCUGAAAGGCAUCUAUAAAAUUGUCCAAUCUGACUGAUUCCAAGUUCUCCGAACCUGUGCGAUAUAUAGAUUUCUUUUUACAAAGUUUUUUGUUCCAGUUUUUAAAUUAUACAUCAAAUAGAGCUGUCAAAAGAU